AAGUCCUCAUUCACCACAUCAAGUAAUUCUGAAAAGAAUUAAAGCCGUCUUUCAUUUUGAACUUGAGUGUAGCAAAUAAAUUGUUUUGACCACCGCAUGAAUAAAAACCGGAAAAGUAGACUGUAACUCGCUGUUUAUGUGCUUAAAUGGAUGUUGGGGUAAUUACAGUGUAUCAUAAAGAUUUACUAUUUUAGCACUUGAUCUCCUUUUCGAUACCUUGUUGCUUUUUUGUGUUAUAUACAUGUCUCACGCGGCUUUGCGGUUCAAUGACAGCGUGAGCGUUAAUACAAUUCAAUGGGUGUAACAUAACGCCAUUCGUAUUAAAUUCUGUUUUAACUCGCUUAUAUUUACAUAAACGACUUAUCGAGUUUAUACAGUUUUGACUUUUUAAAAAUCUAGUAGCCUGAAAUGGAUAUGGGACUCGAGGGUUACGUGCGCGCAGAGGGAGGAGUCAUCGGCGCUCGUUGCGAUUUAAUUGGCUGUUAGCUCACACUGAGUUGUAUAGUUAUCAGUAAUUAUAUUCAGCAUGUUUUGCACAAGAAAUGUCAUCCAGAAAGGGCAAUCUUCUUCCACCGUCAAAUUAUACCACGAAGAUGUCAUGCUCCGAUAGUCCAUCAGGAAAUUCGUUUCUGGUUGACUCGCUAAUCCAUGGACGAGCCGAGGGAAGUGGGCACUACUACCAAAACAGCGUCUACUUGCAGCCGACCUCCGAGUAUUCUUAUGGACUAUCUAACUGUGGCUAUUUUCCUGGACUUAAACGGAGUGAGGGCAAUUCCCAAAAUGUAGCACCUACAUGUGGGCCGUAUCAAGGCAUGGAAGCAUGGCUGGAAACGUCGAGGUCUUGUCGCAUUGAACAGCCCAAUAGCCAAAUUACCCCACGCUCGUUCUCGCCCACCAUAAAAGAGGAGAACUCUUACUGCUUAUACGAGUCUGACAAAUGUCCAAAAGAAACAAUAACAGAGGAUAUAUCGUACUCGCGGCUGACAUCAAACUCAUGUCCAUCUAGCAACAAUAACGGCUGUGUUCCGGUGCCUGGUUACUUCCGCCUGUCUCAGACAUGCACCACAUCUAAAGGUUUUCCAGACAACCAGUCUAUUUCGACUCUUGUUGCUGCUCAGCGAUCGACCCGAUUUGACAGCUCUCUUUCAGCCAUUACUCCCGAAACAAGCAGGGAAGAGAACGACGAGCCAUCCACAUGCGCCCCGAAAACCAACAAGGAGCUACAGGGGUCCACCGGAACCGCUUCAUCUCCCGAACCGCCGGACAGUCCAGAAAAGGCGGUGAAUGUUACUAAAGGAGACUCCAAAAAUGAGAGUACAGCAAACUGGCUAACGGCGAAGAGUGGCCGCAAGAAGCGGUGUCCUUACACCAAGCAUCAGACUCUAGAACUGGAGAAAGAGUUUCUCUUCAAUAUGUACUUGACACGAGAGCGUCGCCUUGAGAUCAGCCGCAGUGUUCACCUUACGGACAGACAAGUCAAAAUAUGGUUUCAGAACCGUCGGAUGAAGCUGAAGAAGAUGAGCCGAGAAAACCGAAUCCGUGAGCUGUCGGCCAACUUCAGUUUUUCAUGAAGCCCCCCUUCAAUCGGUUAUAGUGCUCUGGCGCCCUCCUCCAUCAGUUGCAAUGGUUGCCUACUCACAACAAUGCGUCUUUAUAGGUGUGCGUGCAUAUUUGACUUGUGCAAGAUACUAUUGAUAACUUAUUGUGUGUCGUAUACUGUUGACGUUUUUAUCUGUUAAUGUAUAAUUUUAUUUGACAUCCCUGUCGUCAUAACAUGUCAUGGCUAUUUAUAAACUGUCAAGAGUACAUCAAUGUAAAAGGUAUAGCGAGAAAAACCCCGAAUGCUGAAGGUGAUUAUUGACACUGAUUGUAAAUAGCAUUCAGGCAAUAUUGUACAUUUAUUGUAUAUAACUGCGAUAUUAGCAUGUUGUAAUAACUAUAAUGAAACAAUUUUUAAAAUAAUAAUACUUUCCGUCUUAAGUACGACCUUGUCAUGUAUUUGCUGUAAUAGCCAUAGGUGCUGUAGAAACUUGUACAGUUACGACAAGGAGUCCUAUUUUGUUUUAAUAGUGUUAAAAGGAUAAAAAAUUUCUGGAAACACUGGCCGAAAUGCGACUUGGCUGUAAAUUGAUAAUUAAAAGGUGGCAGAUAUAAAUAAACGCAUGUAAAAGUCGUUAAAAGCACUUGUAAACACAUGUCCUAUUGUUUCAAGCAGUCGUGAUUUCCUAAAACUUAUUUAUAAAGGAACAUUUGUG